UCCGGCUCGCUCGAGGCAAAGGGGAGGGCCGACGAUCUCUGCCGUUUUGUUCUGCUGCCACGGACACUAAGCAGAUUCUCCAAGAUUUACUCACCUGGAACCCGCUGACCUUCAGGCGUAGUUUGCACGUGCUGGAGGGCGCGGGCGGUCGGAAUCAUGUGGUCAUGGGCGGUCUGGGGCAGCCUCUUGGUCGCCGUCGCCGCCUCCGUGGCCGCUCGCAGGAGGUCUCGGCCAGAUCGAGAGAUUCGGCCGGACGGGCACGUCGUGCUGAUCACCGGCUGCGACAGUGGGAUCGGGUACGCCCUGGCUCUGCGGGCGCGGGCGUGGGGCUUCACUGUAAUCGCCACUUGCCUCUCCACCCUCUCAGUCCCCGCGCAACAGCUUCAAGACGCGGGCGUGAUCGUCGUGCACCUCGACCUUCGCCGAAUGGAGGGCGUCGAGAACCUGAAGAAAACUGUCGCACGCCUUCAGGAGGAGCGUAAGAAGCUCUGGUGUCUGAUAAACAAUGCUGGAGUUCUGACCUACGCGCAUUGUGAGUGGCAGACGACUCCCAUGGUGACUAGCCAGGUACUUGUCAACUUAACCGGGGCCAUUCUGCUAACUCGCGACCUUCUGCCUGUCCUCAGAAGGAACAAAGGUCGUGUGGUGAACGUCUCCUCGCCCUCCGGCCAGAUGGCGUCGCCCUUUAUGAGUGUCUACUGCGCCAGCAAGUGGGGCCUGGAGGGCUACAGCCAGGCCCUUCGUCGGGAGGUGGCGCCCUUUGGAGUCUCCGUCGUUGUGGUCCGCCCUUGCAACCUACCCAACCGCACGGGCAUCUUGGUGGCCAACGCGGACCAGCUCCUCACCAUGAUGGCGGAGGCAGCGCCCGAGACCCGCGAGGACUACGGCCCAAUGAUCGAGCGGAUGCAGAGGACCUUCCAGCAGUGCUUCGAGGACGUGGCCGAGGUGCAGGAUCUCCGCGACGACCACCUGAUGCAGUGCUUUAGAUACGCCAUGAUGCAGGAACGGCCCGAGGCUGUAUAUUCAGCAGCGCCCUUCGUCGUGAGGUUCGCCCUGUCGCUGUUCCAAAUCAUUCCUACAGCUUGGUUGGACGCCAUCGUCAGCAGAGACCUCCAUAACUCUGUACUGAGUCUCGCCGCGAACAAGUAACCGGGGGCUUCCAGGCCUCGCGUGCUAUUCCGUUUUAGUCGUGUGCAUACCCAUACACACAUAAACUGCAUAAAUAAAUGCUAAUAUAUGUGUGUGUGUGUGUGUGUGUGUGUGUGUGUGUGUGUGUGUGUGUGUGUGUGUGUGUGUGUGUGUGCUGUCCUAAUCUGAUCUUUCGCGCCAAGUUUUUCAUUCAAACUGAGUUUCCUGCAUUUCAAGAUCCCUUUCAAGACGACGUACAAGUUACCUAGAAGAAAGGUUUCAAUCUGCGUGCAAAGAGAAAUACCCGAGGCUCUGUUUCUAAGCAGUGUAGAGUUGUUGUUUAUCUAUACUUU